AUGAUAUUUGUCACAGCUAGGAUAAACGUAGAGGCAGGUUAAUCAUGGAGAGAGACUGGUACACCCCUGAACACGAGAAUAUUGCAGAUUAUUGAGAGUGAAGACAUAGUCAUUUAGGACUCGCGUGGAGAAGAAACUGGAGAUGUUCAGACUGUUGAAAUACUGUAAGCAAGAAAUACAGGGCAUACUAUAUACUAAGUGGGAUUCGACUGGGGUGGUAUAAUAAUUAAAGAGGUGAUUAUUAAGAUCUACGUAAAUUAAGAGUUUUGCCUCUGCGUAGUUGAACCUUGCUUGAGUUCAGAUUAUGGCUUUUAGAAGCAGAUUCUCAGUCAGGUCCAAAGAGGGGAAAAGCAAGUUGAUUAAGACCAGAUAAAUUAAGAAAAUAAGGAAGAAAAUGAAUGA